GUCGCUGUAGUUAUUACUCUAGUCACGUGAUACACGGCUAGAACGUCAAAUUUGACCAUGUUUUGACAUAAAUUUUGGAUGUUAUGGUAUUGAAUACAAUAAAUAAAAUAAUAUUAGCAUAUUUUGAAAAUCAAAUAUCAUUAAAUUUGUUUUUGCCCCGUUAAAAAACUUCCAUUUUAUCAUGCCCUUACCAAAAGCUAAACCACAAAGAGCUCGAAGGUUACCCUUUACCAGCCAGCAUCACGCGAGAGGAGCUGUUUAGGAUCUCUGAAUUUUGCUGGGCGCCGGCUGACAGUUGGGUGGCCAGGAAAAAUCGGCAGCAAUGGCCUUGGUUCGCUCUGCCCUGCGGCUGACCCGCUCGUCGGGUGUCCUGGCCCAAUGCUCCCGCUCAAUGGCUGACAUGCCUCUGACGUUCGCCGCUCCCAGCCAGGUGUUCUAUAACCAGCAGGACGUCCGCCAGGUGGACGUGCCCUCAUUCAGCGGUAACUUUGGCAUCCUGCCGAACCACGUGCCGGUGCUGGCCGUGCUGCAGCCGGGCGUCGUCAGCGUGGUCGAGGCCGACGGCAGCACCAACAAGUACUUCGUCAGCAGCGGCUCCGUCACCGUCAACAAGGACUCCACCGUGCAGGUGCUGGCGGAGGAGGCGGUGCCCCUGUCGGACUUGGACGCGGCCGCAUGUCGGCAGGCGCUCACCCAGGCGCAGGCGGACCUGGCCAGCGCCACCGGCGACCAGGAGCGCGUCGAGGCCCAGAUCGCCGUCGAGGUCAGCGAGGCGCUUGUCAAGGCCUGCGAGUGAACGACAUUCUAUCUCUGUUUUGGUGUGUUUAGGCCGAUGACGGUAUGCGAAAUAUACAUUUGUAAAUGAGAA